UACGUGAUUUUAAGUGAGAUGUACUGACUCUAUUCAGGUGAAGAGUUGACAUCAGGAAAUUAGGGAGAAUCAUCGAAUACUGAAUUAUAGAAGCUUCAGCUAGUUGUCUUUUUAACGGUCGCUUUGUAUUUUCCGUAGCCAAAACCUUAAAUCUGAGUGUUUCAUCGUGUUUUGGAAGGUAGAAUCCAUCAAUUUUGAGGAUCAAAUUUUUAUCACUUUAAUGAAAGUACGACAGAACUACACACAGCUUCACCUAGCCCAAUUGUUUCAUUGUAGUGUGGCCACAUUUUCUUACAUUGUUAUAACAUUCACUCAUGUUUUGCAUGAAAUUUUGUUUGACGACCUAAUGACGUCGAUUCCAUCCCGGGAAAAAAACAAGAUCUCUGCACCCUCCUCCUUCAGGCAAUUUGAAUCCUGUCGGAUUGUUAUAGACUGCACAGAUAUUGAGGUUGCUGCACCGGGAUUGAUGAGUCAGCAAAAUGCAACCUAUUCAUCAUACAGAGGAAUGAAUUCCUUUAAGUUAAUAGUUGGUGUUGCACCAAAUGGAGUCAUUACUAAUGUCAGUCGGCUGUAUCCAGGUUCUAUUUCAGACAAGGCCAUUGUGCAACAGUCUGGACUCCUUAAUCACUUGACAGCUGGAGAUAUGAUUCUGGCAGACAAGGGUUUCCUUAUCCAGGAUGUUGUACCACAUGGUGUCUGUGUCAAUAUCCCACCUUUUCUGAAUAAUGGAACUUUCACAGAGAGUGAGGUCAAGAAAACAAAAGCCAUAGCUAAAGCACGGAUUCAUGUCGAAAGAGCCAAUGCUAGGCUAAAAGACUUCAAAAUUUUAGGCUUCAUUCCUUCGUAUUUGCACUGCUAUACUAACAUUUUGUUUCAGUUAUGUGCAGCACUUGUAAAUUUUCAAUUUCCUCUCAUCAAAGAGAGGUGCGAAGAUAUGGUUUUUGAGUAGUUUUAUGCUUGAAGACUACAUUGGACAGUUUUUUAAUAAUUAUUGUUGUUCAAAUAGAAAUAAAAUAAUUUGUA